GCUGCGCUCCAGUGAGUGGAGUGAUGAAAUCAAGGCUCGGAGGGGAGGAAGCUCACCGACCUCACUGGUGACAAGCUCUCUGGGUCCCCUUGGGGGAGCCACACGCUCCCACAGGGGUCCCAGCCGCUUCCCUGGGUUCCGAGCACGCCAAGAGGAAGGGGAGCCGCGCGGAGGGGAGGGGGAAGUGCGGCUCAGAUUUCGCCAGGUCCCCGCCGGAGGGCUCCGGGUACCAGGUGGCUGCGGCGGGGGACCGCGCCGAGCCGGACGCUGCUGCGGGGCCGGCCGGAGGCGCGCGGGCUGCAGAGGAGUUGCGGGGCGCGCGCGGGGCCCGGCUCGCGGCUCACCUGGAGCGCUCAGGUAGGACCUGGGCGGGGCGCGGGGCUGGCGCGCAGGCGCGGGAGCCGGCCUCGCCCCUGCCGACGUCGCCGGCGGGAGCUCACCUGGGAGACUCGCCGAGGAAGAGGAGGCUCGCCGCCGCCUCGCCUGGCAACGCGGGAGGCCCGGCGGCGAGGCAGGAAGCGGCGGCGGAGGAGGAGUUGAAGCGAACGGCUCACGGGAGCCCGCAGCCACCCGAGUCGCCGGCGCCGCCACCUGCACUUGGCCCCGGGCCCCGCGGGCAGCGCCCCCCCCCCCCCCCCCCCGGCCACCGCUUCCCGCCGCCUGUCCUGCCCACCUGCCAGGUAUUACUAUUUAAAGAAAUCUUUUUACCAGCACAUCUAUGAUAAAAAGUACAAGUAACAAAGGACACUGUUAUCUGUCAAGUAACAAGCAUUUAAUGCCAGCAUGGCUCACCUAAAGCGACUUUUAAAAUUGCACAUUAAAAGACAUUACCAUAAAAAGUUCUGGAAGGUUGGCGCAGUCAUCUUUUUCUUUUUAGUAGUUUUGAUUUUAAUGCAAAGGGAAGUAAGUGUUCAGUAUUCCAAAGAGGAAUCCAAGAUGGAGAGGAACUUGAAAAACAAGAACAAAAUGUUUGACUUUAUGCUCGAAGCUGUAAACAACAUUAAAGACGCAAUGCCAAAGAUGCAAAUCGGAGCACCUGUCAAGCAGAGUGUCGCUGUCCCUGAGAGACCCUGUUUGCAGGGGUAUUACACGGCAGCAGAGCUGAAGCCAGUUCUGGACCGCCCGCCUCAGGAUUCCAAUGCACCUGGUGCUUCGGGCAGGCCUUUCAAGAUCACCCACCUCAGCCCAGAGGAGCAGAGAGAGAAAGAGCGUGGGGAAACAAAGCACUGUUUCAACGCCUUUGUGAGUGACAGGAUUUCUUUACACCGUGACCUUGGACCUGACACCCGCCCGCCUGAAUGCAUUGAACAGAAAUUUAAGCGCUGCCCUCCCCUGCCUACCACCAGUGUCAUAAUAGUCUUUCAUAAUGAAGCGUGGUCCACGCUGCUUAGAACUGUCCACAGUGUGCUGUAUUCUUCACCUGCAAUACUGCUGAAGGAAAUCAUCUUGGUGGAUGAUGCUAGUGCAGAUGACUACCUGCAUGAAAAGCUAGAGGAAUACAUAAAGCAGUUUUCUAUAGUGAAAAUAGUCAGACAACGAGAAAGAAAAGGCCUCAUCACGGCUCGGUUGUUAGGGGCAGCAGUAGCAACCGCAGAGACGCUCACGUUUUUAGAUGCUCACUGUGAGUGCUUCUAUGGCUGGUUGGAACCUCUGCUGGCCAGAAUAGCUGAGAACCACACAGCAGUGGUGAGUCCAGAUAUUGCAUCUAUAGAUCUGAAUACAUUUGAGUUCAACAAGCCUUCUCCAUAUGGAAGCAACCAUAACCGUGGAAAUUUUGACUGGAGCCUCUCCUUUGGCUGGGAAUCACUUCCUGAUCAUGAGAAGCAAAGAAGGAAAGAUGAAACCUAUCCAAUUAAGACCCCCACCUUUGCAGGAGGCCUUUUUUCUAUAUCUAAAGAGUAUUUUGAGCACAUUGGAAGUUACGAUGAAGAAAUGGAAAUCUGGGGAGGAGAAAAUAUAGAAAUGUCAUUCAGAGUGUGGCAAUGUGGUGGGCAGUUGGAGAUUAUGCCUUGCUCUGUUGUUGGACAUGUUUUCCGCAGCAAAAGCCCUCAUACCUUUCCAAAAGGCACGCAGGUGAUUGCUCGCAACCAAGUUCGCCUUGCGGAAGUCUGGAUGGAUGAAUACAAGGAAAUAUUUUAUAGGAGAAACACAGAUGCAGCAAAAAUCGUUAAACAAAAAUCAUUUGGUGAUCUUUCAAAAAGGUUUGAAAUAAAGAAACGCCUUCAGUGUAAAAAUUUUACGUGGUACCUGAAUACUGUUUACCCAGAAGUGUAUGUACCAGACCUUAAUCCUGUUAUAUCUGGAUAUAUUAAGAGUGUUGGUCAGCCUCAGUGUCUGGAUGUUGGUGAAAAUAACCAGGGAGGGAAACCAUUGAUCCUGUACACGUGCCAUGGACUCGGCGGAAACCAGUACUUUGAGUAUUCUGCUCAGCGUGAAAUCCGGCACAACAUCCAGAAGGAGUUAUGUCUUCAUGCUACUCAGGGUGUCGUCCAGCUGAAGGCCUGUGUCUAUAAAGGUCACAGGACAGUCGCCCCCGGAGAACAGAUAUGGGAGAUUCAGAAGGAUCAACUUCUAUAUAAUCCAUUAUUUAAAAUGUGCCUUUCAGCAAGUGGAGAGCAUCCACACUUAGUGCCAUGUGACCCAUCAGACAUACUCCAAAAAUGGAUUUUUAGCCAAAACAAUUAAGUGUUCCUUAAAGUUAAGGAGUUGAGAAGGACAUAUUCUUCCUCAUAAAACUGUGACUAGGCAUACACUGUAGUUGUUGAAAAUUAUGCAAAAGCAGCUAAUUGUAACUUAUUCCAAGUGCAUUUUCCUUAUUUAUGUCUUAAGAUGUCUAUGUAGUACUGCUGCAGAAAUCCUGGGGGUUUCUGUCUGGAAACAGAGCAACUAGAAAUACCAAAGACUAUUCUGAAAUGUCCAGAUAUAGAAGAGAGAUGUUUACAGUAUGAAGAAAAUAAUUUUCCUAGCAAAGUGAUGUGUGUUUGUACACUUGGGGAUAUGCAUAGCUACAUCCACACAUUCACAUCUUAAAGUUUCCCCUAAUUUUAGGGGGAAUAGAAAAAGAUUUGAUACUGUAUUUUUAUAACUAUAUAGAAAUGGAUCAAUGAAGGUCAGCCAUUGGCCUUUCUGUACACACCAGGAAAUUUUUAUAGAUCUAGAAUUUAUUAUUUUAAAAUCCAGGUAAACUUCUGUUGUCUUCUGUUUACUUGUGUGUCAAAUAUUUCCUUGAACAUGACGUUGAAAAGGAGAGGAUUAUUUUUAACAUUGAAAUUUUUGGAAAAUUUACAGAUCUUUUUUAAUCUGAAGCCCACUCCUCCUGAUGCACAGGCGUCUUCCCCAAAUGGCUUUUCUGAAGUGGCUACAUUGUGUGUUUUCCCAGAGCACUUUAAAAAAAAAAAAAAGACAAAAAACUUUAUAAAUUAUUAGCUAUGGCUACAAGGGUUCCUUUUUCCUUUCCAGUAGUCUUAUUUUCUUAGCAAAAUUUACUGAUCUUGAAUAUUUAUAAUACUGAAUUUCAAUAUACUUGACUCAAUUCUAAAUGUCGUUAUUGAUUCAUUAUAUAGAAUGUCUUUACAUGGAUUUUUCUCAUUAAAAAAAUAGCCUUACUUUUAUCUAUGUGGAAAACACAAUAAAAAAGAACCCUGAACACUAUUGCAAACGUUUGUUUCAAUUUUGUCCAGUUUGGGGUAAAAUCUGUAAUUGAUCAUGGGUAGAGGAAGCAUCUGGUUUCUGUACUAGGUUUUAGUUGCUUGCUGUUUGUGGAGCCCCAGAUCCUUGGAAGGAAAAUGCAAACUGCGACAGAGGUGUAAAGAGAGGAACAAAGGAACGAAGGUGCUGGUAGUUACAUUAAUUCCUGAUAACUUUCUUUAAUAAUCUCAUACAAUUAUGUUUGGAAGUCACCGUUUCCUCUUUGGCCAUCUUAUACAGAGAGGUCUUGUAUUAUUUCAGAAGCAAAAUAGAAUUUGCUUUAACUUUUAAAACCAGUAGGGUCUCAGCUGUACAAAAGAAAACACUUCCUAGUAUUAGAGCUUUAAUUAAGUAACAAAGCAUCAAUUAAUUUUUAAAAGUUGAAUUAAGAAUUCCACAUUUUCU